AGGGCUUGCGUCCCAGGCGCUCUGUGACGGGGUUGGGAACUUCCUCUUCGACUCUCUCAGGCUCUCGGUACCCCUGAAGGGGAGACUGAGAGCUGCCUCUGGAGCCCACUUCCUCCCCGCCUUUCUCCUGCCGCCUCAGGCCUUCUUUCCCUGCUAGUCUCAAAGUGUUUUCGCCUUCACCGAGGCUUCUCCUGGUCCGAACGAUACCUGCCUCUCCUUUCCCCGCCCUCGCUGGGGAAUCCGGAGGCCGCACCACUGGCCUGUCUGUCGUCUCUCCUGCUGUCUGACGAUGCCAGCCGCGCCAUUUCGAUAGCGCUGGGAUGUUUAACUGCUCCUAGUGUCGCAGCCCUGGCGGCGCAGUGGUUAAGAGCUCGGCUGCUAACCAAAAGGUCGGCAGUUUCAAUCCACCAGCCACUCCUUGGAAACCCUGUGGAACAGUUCUGCUCUGCCCUAUAGGGUCGCUAUGAGUCGGAAUCGACUCGACGACAACAGGUUUAGUGUCGGAGCAGCUUAGGGCUAGCGCUCCAGGUCCAGUCCCCAGUUCAAGUGCAAGGAGCCUCUUUCUUUUGACGCUCAUCUCAGGAUUCUUUAAAACAUUUGCUGAAGCGCCUUCCAGAUGCUUUCGGCACUGGGUUCACGGGCACUAGACACGUCUUCUUUACUUCCUAUAGGUGUCCACACCAUUUCUUAAUAAUCUGCCUUCGAAAUCCCAUGAGGCAGGCCCCUUACAGCCCUGUGCGAUGUCCCAGAAUUGGAUUCUUUCCCUUUGGAUAUAUGGGCCCGAUGGAAUGAGUACUGUACUGGCAUUGGGAUAGCGGCUACCGAGAAGCAUCUUAGCAGACUAGAAUUUCUGCUGAGUGUCUCCUACCAGAGUGGAUAAUCAGUAAACUCUUGUGGUAAAAAAAGAAAAAAAGUGGUAGGAGGCACUAUUUUAUUUUAGCCCAAUGGCUAUGCCUGGUGCCUUGAAGUUGGGGACAGAUGAGGUACGCUGUAAUUAAACAGUCACCACUGGGGUCCAAAAAUCGCUGACAGAAAUCUAAAACACAAAAAAGCCUGACAGCUAUGUCAUGUUUAAUAAUAUGUGCAGGUCAGAUUUCUAUGUAGUAACAAACUCUUUGCUUUUAUGUGCCAGUUAAAUGUAAUAUGUUGACAUUCUGUAGAUGUUGAUAGGAAGUUUUGGCAGCUGCUUUGGAACCUCUCAAUAAGUUAAUUCCUAGAUAGUCAUGAUAAUCAGUUUAGUUAUUUUAAUUUUGAUAAAUUUGGAGUGUAUAAACUUAGCCAUUUUUUUUCUAACAUCAGCCCACGCCAUUUCUGUCAGUCUAUCAGUUGUCCUUAUGCCUAAACUAUAAAACCUUAGUCAUCUUAGAUUCCUCUUGUGCUUCAUCUCCAUAUCUCUUCUAUUAACGAAUCUCGUGGUUUCUUUAUUCAAAAGAUAACUUGGAUUUGUCUUUUUGAUUCUCAUUACUGAAGCUGUAAGGCUGUUUUCUAGGACUUUAUUUCUUCUUAGCUCAUUUCCCUGAAGGCCCAUAUAACAGUUCUGAAACAUGGCUAUUGUCAUAUUUAUUUGUCCUGAACCUGUAAAGUCUCACGUCCAAAUUUCUGUGCUUGAAUUUUAAGGACCUUUCUGUAUAACCUUGCCUAAUAAUUCCUAGCAGUGUGAUAUGGUGAAAACAAACAAACCUGAUUUAAAGUAAGAAGACCUGGAUUCAAAUACUGAGAGGAGCAUUAUAGUAACAUUGUAUCCUUGGAGAAACUUCAGCUUCCUUAUCUCUCAUUUAUGAUAAUAUCUUUUCUUCCUGCCUCUUAAUUAUUGUGAGAAUUACAACGAACAUAAUAUAUGGAAAAGCUAACAGCUUAAAAAAACAACGUAAGCUGUUACUGUAAUUUCUUAUUGUAUUCAUUCAUUUUACAAACCUUUGAAGACCUAAUGUAUGUUAGGUAUGGGUGCUACAGAUAUAAAAGAUAGUCCCUGUCAUCAAGAGCCUUGCCUUUCAAGGAGUUUCAGAUUGUGUGUGUGUGUGUAUGUAUGCAUGUGCACAUAUGUGAGUGUAUGGGUAGCAGGUGGGAUGGGAGGGUAUCUGACAAGGUAGAGUGUGAUGUGGGCUGUACUGUAGGUACUAUAGGUAAGCAUAGGAAGAGCACCAAACCCACAGGAGAGAAUGACAGGAAAGCAUUCCUAGAGGAAGUUAUAUUUGAAUAGCCUUAAAUUAUAAUGCAGAUCCAGAUGGAAAAGGUGAGGAAGGGCAGGAUGAAAGAGGCACUUUUAGAGAACUGCAAAUUAUUAAGCAUUUGCUGGAGUGUUAAGUUUAAAGAUGAAUAUAGGAGAUGGAACGGGAUAUGUAGUUACGGGUGAGAUUUGAAGGGCUUUGUGUGCUUACAGAAGCCAUUGGAAGAUUUUAAGCAGACAGUUGGACUGAUCAUAGUACCUUUUUUUUUUGGCAUGCCUACUUUAUUUUUUUGCAACCAUCACCACUGUUUAUUUCCAAAACUUUUUCAUCACCCCAAAGAGAAACUCUGUACCCAUUAAGCAGUAACUCCCCCAAGCUCCUGGUAAAUACUAACCUACAUUCUAUUUCUAUGCAUUUCCCUAUUGUGGAUAUUUCAUUUCAUAUAUAUGGGAUUAUACAAUAUUUGUCCUUUUAUAUCUGGCUUAUAUCACUUAGUGUUCUCAGGGUUCAUCCAUGUUGUAGCAUGUAUCAGAACUUCAUUUCUUUUUAUAGCUGAAUAAUAUUUCAUUGUGUGUAUGUACCACAUUUAGUUUAUCCAUUCGUCUGUUAGUGGACAUUUGGGUUGUUUCCAACUUUUGGCUAUUGUGAAUAAUGCUGCAGUAUACAAGUAUCUGUUUGAGUCACUAUUUUUAAUUCUUUUGGGUAUAUACCUACACAACUGCUUUUUAAAAGUUCAUUCUGACUGUGAUGUGUGCUUCCCUACUGCAAUGUACAAAACCUUUUAUCUGCCUUUAUGUCUUUUCUCAUUUUCUUUAUUGUACCCAGAAGGGCUUAUGUCCUCUUCUCAUACCUCAAUACUAUUAACCCUUCAGUGCCCACUCAGGUUCCAUUUUUUUCUGUGAUGUUUUCCCCAAUUAUUUUAGCCCUCACUGUUUAUUCCCUUCUCUGAAACCUUAUUAGAAAUAGUGCCACACAGUUUAGACCUUGUUUGUUUCAUGGUGUUUUAUGUCCCUAAGUAGAUAGUAAAUUCCCUUGAGGGUAGGGAAUGUUUCAUAUGUGUAUGAGUGGAAGACAUGUUAAACACGAAAAUAUGUUGCUUGCUGUCUUUGUUUUCUUUUUUCAGGGUGGGGCAGAUUAUGGGCAACAGUUGUUUUAAUUAAUACACCAUCAUCAUGGCUAAUGAGGGCUUUCGCAAGGCUGGUGAUAGUCCUUUUACAUCAGAUAAACAUGCCCAAUUCCUCAUGGCCCAGAUCAAUAAAAUGCGGAAUGGACAGCAUUUCUGUGAUGUGCAGCUGCAAGUUGGGAAGGAAACUUUUAAAGUUCAUCGGCUGGUUUUGGCUGCCAGUAGUCCCUACUUUGCAGCUUUGUUCACUGGAGGAAUGAAAGAGUCCUCAAAAGAUGUUGUACAGAUCCUAGGAAUUGAAGCUAGAAUCUUUCGUGUACUUCUAGAUUUCAUUUACACAGGUAUAGUGAAUAUAGGUGUGAAUAAUGUCCAGGAGUUGAUUGUUGCAGCAGACAUGCUGCAGUUGACUGAAGUUGUUAAUCUUUGCUGUGAAUUUCUGAAAGGACAAAUUGAUCCACUGAACUGCAUUGGGAUCUUUCAGUUCUCUGAGCAAAUUGCCUGCCAUGAUCUUUUGGAAUUCACAGAAAACUAUAUUCAUGUCCAUUUCUUGGAGGUUCAUAGCGGGGAAGAGUUCCUGGCACUUACAAAAGAUCAGCUGGUCAAAAUAUUGCGAAGUGAAGAGCUUAGCAUUGAGGAUGAAUACCAGGUCUUCUUAGCUGCAAUGCAAUGGAUUCUGAAAGAUCUGGGAAAGAGAAGAAAACAUGUGGUAGAAGUGCUGGACCCGAUUCGAUUCCCUUUAUUACCUCCUCAGAGGCUUUUAAAGUAUAUAGAAGGUGUAUCUGAUUUUAAUCUUCGUGUUGCAUUGCAAACACUUUUGAAAGAGUACUGUGAAGUGUGCAAAUCUUCCAAAGAGAACAAGUUUUAUAGCUUUCUGCAGACAUCUAAGGUUCGACCUCGGAAGAAAGCAAGAAAGUACCUGUAUGCAGUAGGUGGAUAUACUCGAUUGCAGGGGGGUCGCUGGAGUGAUAGCAGAGCCCUCAGCUGUGUAGAACGUUUUGACACGUUUAGCCAGUAUUGGACCACUGUGUCUUCACUUCAUCAGGCUCGAUGUGGGCUGGGAGUAGCAGUCCUGGGAGGGAUGGUCUACGCUAUUGGAGGUGAAAAGGAUUCAAUGAUUUUUGACUGCACUGAGUGCUACGAUCCAGUUACUAAACAGUGGACAACUGUAGCGUCAAUGAAUCAUCCCCGCUGUGGCUUGGGAGUGUGUGUGUGUUAUGGGGCUAUUUAUGCUUUGGGUGGAUGGGUUGGAGCUGAGAUAGGGAACACCAUUGAACGAUUCGAUCCUGAUGAAAAUAAAUGGGAAGUAGUUGGCAAUAUGGCUGUGUCACGCUAUUACUUUGGGUGCUGUGAAGUGCAAGGUUUAAUUUAUGUAAUCGGGGGCAUCAGCAAUGAAGGAAUAGAGCUUCGUUCUUUUGAAGUUUAUGAUCCACUUUCUAAGCGCUGGACUCCACUUCCUCCAAUGGGAACCAGGAGAGCAUAUCUUGGGGUGGCUGCACUCAAUGACUGCAUCUAUUCUAUUGGAGGAUGGAAUGAGACACAAGAUGCUCUUCACACUGUAGAAAAAUAUUCCUUUGAAGAGGAAAAGUGGGUUGAAGUUGCCUCAAUGAAAGUGCCUAGAGCGGGCAUGUGUGUUGUGGCAGUCAAUGGGCUUCUGUAUGUUUCUGGAGGUCGAUCUUCCAGCCAUGAUUUCCUGGCCCCAGGAACCUUGGACUCAGUUGAAGUUUAUAACCCUCAUUCAGAUACAUGGACAGAAAUUGGUAAUAUGAUCACCAGUCGUUGUGAAGGGGGUGUUGCUGUACUGUGAAAUAUAAAGCAUACAAGCACACCAGAAACAUUUUGAAAAUACAGGACCUGACCUUUUGCAAAUCAAAUGUAUAUUUGGUGGUAGGACCCUCUGAUUUAAUUGGGUUUUCCAUGUAUUUGGUUGAGAAAUGACUGAGAGGGAUUUUUAUAAGAAUUUGAGAAGGUAUUUGGAAUUUACCCAAAAUUAAUAAAGAGCUCACACCAAUUUGCUAAGCUUACCAACAGUAAAAAUGCUGUUUAUGCUCUAGAAUUGUCCGGUGAAGGGUAGAGUUCUAUUUUUUUAAAAUGGUUUUUUUUAAAGGUUUUUGGCUAGUAGUCCCUUUAGCUGCUUCUCUAGUGCAAUUCAAACUGCAACAUGACCUUUAUGCGAUACAGGAAUAAUGUCAAUGUGACAGUUUGAAGAUCUCUUGUACAUUCAUUAUUCAAUGCAGAGCACAAUUUUCCACGGCCAUAGUUUAACCCACAGAGAAAAACCAAUGAAACAACUCCUACUUCUACUUGAUGCCAGGAGUUUUCACUAGCCUCAAAUUUUUUAUUGGCAGCAGAUAUACUAGGAAUAGCCUGCAAGAAAUAUCUAGCUAGCUAUAUAGGUAGAUAAACAUUUGCCUGUUGAUAACAGAUUGAUAACAACAUAAGGAAAUCUUUUGCUUGCUCAUGUUUUUGUCUUUAUGCUGAGAAUGCAAGUGGGGAAUUAAUAGGAAAUUCUUACUGACAGUCCUUUAUUGCAAUAGGAUAAUCUAAUAGGUGAUAGGUCCUGGCAGGAGGUAUCAUGCACCUAGGAAGUUUCUUCCUUGUUUUCUAGAUAGUUGCCAAAAAGAUCUCAUGUUUGGCUUUGGAAAGAGGAAAUUUUAUUAGUUUAAGAAGCCUUCUGCAGGUUAUCUGCAGUUUGGCAAGCCUAGUACAAGAUUACUACAAAGCUGCUGCCUAGAGUGUGUUGGAAAAGACUAUUUGUAGGUACCUGUGGAACUUUUUACAGACACUGAUUAGUAAGUUCAAAGGCUUCUGAUCUAAAACUACUUCUAAAACUUCUCAUUUCCCCUGAGAAGCCUUCUAAAGAAUUUCCUAUUCCAUUCUGAAAGAUUCAUCAUGUACACUAUCAUUACUUUUAUUUUUACUAGCCACAUAUAUUAAAAGCCUUGCAUGUAUUUAGGUUUAACUAGCUGACUCAAGGAUUUGAUAUGCAUAUCCCUGAUUUCCCUAUUUCUUUACUA